UGGCAAUAUUGCUUCUAUCUGAUCCACCAAGAUGUUCAUUCUUAACUUUAUUCCUGUGGCAGUCGCCGUCUUAGUCGUGGCUCAGGCUACAAUUAUUAUCAAGCCGAAUCCUUGUCCACCUAACCCCAACCCCCCCUGUAAUGAUUGGGACAAAAAUUACACCUGGACUCUGGAAAAUUGUGUCUGCAGGGUCUUUCAGAAUCCAUGCCUCAGGAAAUUGAGAAAUACCAAUAGGCUUCAACAAGGCAAAACACCUUUGCUUAUUGUCGACCAAGACGUAUGCGCAAAAUUUAUUAAGAAAUGUUGUGAUGUUUGUGGCCCACAAGUGAAGGCCAAGUUUCCCGUUCCAUCUCCAUGUGGCUGCAACGGCAAGACAGGAACCUACAGAUACAAGACUUUCGCCAAUCUCUGCGAGUUAAAUAGAUAUUCAGCUUUAAACUCUGAUCCCUAUAUCAGCUGGACCGAGAAAUAAAAUGGGACCGAAUAACUACAACUUUGAUGACCUGGAAAGCUUUUGUUUAAUGUGGAGAUAUUGGUUUAAUAUGUUUUUUUACAAAUUACAAAUUGUUUAAUUUUUUACAUUUUUUAUAAAUUGUUGCCUAAAAUA